ACUGAUGUGCUGUGGGUAAGUGACCGCACGGACACGCAGUGAAAGUGUGCAGAAGAGUUGCUAAAUUCGCCGGAGAAACAUCAUGGCAAACAGUGUCACUCAAGAGUACAUGCAGAUCCCAGCCGUCACGCGAGCAUAUACCACUGCAUGCGUCCUGACAACUGCAGCUGUGCAAUUGGAGUUCAUUACACCGUUUCAGCUCUAUUUUAACCCUGACUUGAUAUUAAAGAAAUACCAGAUAUGGCGACUGAUCACAAACUUCUUGUUUUUUGGACCUCUUGGAUUCAGCUUCUUGUUCAACAUGAUUUUUCUAUAUCGUUACUGUCGAAUGCUGGAGGAAGGCUCCUUCCGUGGUCGAACAUCAGAUUUUGUCUAUAUGUUCCUGUUCGGUGGUGUUCUAAUGACUGUAUCCUUCAGCAUUCAUCACAUUAACAACAGCCAAGCAUGCAUCUCUUCACCAAACCAUGUAUCGUGUCAUUAUCAAUGAUUACUAUCAAUGAUUACUUAGCUCAUGUCUUUUGAAACGUAUAUGUAUACUACCAGUCAGUUCAGUUGGGA